AUGCACAAGAGAAAUGUACCGCCGGAGAGGAUAGAACCACGGACUCAGUGUACUGCUAGGGGCAUACCAGAAGAAAGUCCAACGGAGACAUAUGUCGAUGUCGUCGCCUGGGACGACACGAACAUAGACUUGGACAUCCUCUGCCGUUUCGCCUGUAAAUAUGGCCAUUGCCCGGAAGAUGUGUGUACCAAGCGUAUCAUAGGGCCAGACAUGAGUGGACCGCCCUCGGAGCUUGAUUACCCUGACGAUUUUCACAACCGGACCGAGUGGGAGAAUGGGAAAAAGUGCUCCAUUUUCAAAGAAUCUGAGCACUGGGAGACCCAGAAGAAGAAGUGCGAAUCCGUUUGCAGCACAGAACUUCAAAGGGCCAAAGAAGAGGGUAGAACCUCCAAUGCAUUUUGCCUGGGUUGGUGGCCACUCGACAAACCAAUUCCUUGGCAGAAAUUGGGACCAGGAAUGACGAUUGCUGGCGGAACAUGCCACUGCGAUAACCCGCUCGUCAAUGAAAUAGCAGAGAUUGUUUUGGAGGCCAUGCCGAAGAUUGCGCAAAUCGGAUGUGAUGUUAUGAUGUCGACCUUGAAGCUUCUGCUUGACAUUGGCGCGUCAUACGUUCCUGCUGUAGGCCAAGCCAUUGAUACCACCCUUGAUAUGGUCAACACAGCAGCCCAAAUGGCAGCAUUUUUAUAUCCCAAGGAGCAAGAUCCAGAAGGCGCGUUUUCAUGGUGGCUCCAACCAUGCGGCGGAACAAACUUAGUCCCUGAAGAUAUCAAAAGAGUUUACGAAAUUCUCAGCACCUCUCCCAACGGAAAAGAUCGAUUCGACCGAAAGGAAAAAUCAGACAAGCUUCAAAAGGGCAGCGGACGGAAGGGUGAUAACGGCAACCCGAUAGACAGAUCAUUACCAAACAACAACGGAGUCCAACAGUCGAAACCCAAGAAGUGCAGGGUACCACCCGCAAGAUCCACACUGCGAAUCGGGCCUGCUAAGAACACGCUGCGGUUUCAGUCCUGCAUCAAUGACGCAACAGUUCGGAAUGAGCUGAUUAUUACGUCCGCUAUUUACGCACCCAAUGCCAAGCCUACUCUCAUUGCGAAGGAGUGUAGUCAGGCUUGGUCACAGGCCUGCUUUCAUUACAGCUCAGCUAUCCGCGUCAACCCGAGUUGGUCUACUUUGACUUGUCCUCCAGAGGCCGCAACUACAACUUAUCGCAUGGAUGCCAAAGCGACUGACACCUGGAGUAACCAGCACAAUGGUGCCGGCUGGCAAGACGAAGUGCAUCGCAUUCAAAAACGAUGUCACCGUGACGAAUAUCCACCGGCGUACUUAUUGGGCCCCCAAGACCCAGCCUACACAAACGCAGGAGUAAACAGUCAAGGCCAGCUAAUCCGCUGGCUGCCGCGGUCAGAACAUAUAGGGGCAGGGCAAAUGUGGAAGAGGGCAUGUUUUGGAUCUGUUAUCAAAGACAUACCGAAUUCUGGCUUCAAGUCAAGGGUCGACUCUGCACCAAACAAGCAAAUACAGACAGUGUCGGGGGGGUUAACAAGAACAUAUGCCGCUGUCACAGUAACCAGUCGACCGGAAUUCACAAUCUCGAAAUGGGGCCAUACCGGCAACCCGCCCCCAAAGGACGGAUUAGAGGUCAACCCCUGCUGGCCAAGUGCUAUCGCAGCCUCUGACCCUGGAUUUCCUCUUCUAGCGUUUGACCAGUUCUACAACACGAAUCCUCGACCAUACGACUACAAAGCACCGUACGUCAAGGGAGCAAACGGUUCCUAG